AUGCGGGAGGAUGACUCUAACCAGGAGCCUGUAAAUAUCUUUGGAGACAGCGAUGAUGACACCGGUGCUAAUCCACAUGCACAAGAAGGUCCCUCAAGUUCUGGCACACAGCAUUACCUUCCACACUUCUCGACGCUAAACUUGGAGGCUCUGGGUGAACACCCGGCGGGAGUUGCUGCAGUUGGUGGUUCGUCAACAGAAUUUCAGAUUGGGCAAUCCUUCCAGAGUAAAGAUGAAGCUGUUCUUAGUGUGAAGGACUAUAGCAUCCGUCGAGGUGUUGAGUACCGAGUGUUGGAAUCGGACCAUCUGAAGUAUCAUGGAAAGUGCAAGGGUUUCGGCAAAAGUUGUAGUUGGCUGAUUCGGAUUUCGCUCCGUGCACGAAAGGGCACUUGGGAGUACCGAUCAAGGUGUUGCAACAAGCAACUGAAGCUGAUUUUCUGCUUCAAGCCCAGUUACCGGAAGGUUUGGAAAGCAAAACAGAAGGCAGUUGCACAAAUAUAUGGAGAUUGGGAAGAGUCUUAUGCUGAGUUGCCACGUUGGAUGCUAGGAGUGGAGUUGACGAUGCCCGGGACAGUAACUGUGUUGCAGACGUCUCCUGUUCGAGUUGUGGACCAGAUUGAUGAGUCAACAGUGUACUUUCGUCGUCUGUUUUGGACAUUUCCACCUUGCGUUGAGGCCUUCCAGCAUUGCAAGCCGCUUGUGAGUAUUGAUGGUACCCACUUGUACGGCAAAUAUGGAAGCACCUUACUGUUGGCGAUUGCACAGGAUGGGAACUCAAACAUCCUCCUGAUAGCAUUCGCCCUUGUGGAGGGGGAAAAUGCCGAGUCAUGGUCUUUUUUCUUGUCCAACUUAAGAACGCAUGUGACGCCACAGGAGGGUAUCCUUGUUAUCUCAGACAGGCAUAACGGCAUCAAGUCUGCACUUGAAAAUCCCGUGAAUGGUUGGCUGCCACCACGUGCUUAUCGGGCGUACUGUAUCCGUCAUGUGGCAGCAAACCUCAGCCUUUCUUUUAAAGGUAAAGAUGCCGGAAGGAUGCUGGUUAAUGCGGCGUACGCAAAAACUGAGGCGGAGUUCUAUUACUGGUUUGACAUCAUGCGUACAGAGAAUCCGGCCAUGUGUGACUGGGCGAACCGGAUGGAGUAUGAGAAGUGGACGCAACACCAGGAUAGCGGUAGAUGGUUCGGUCACAUGACGACAAACAUCAGUGAAUGUGUGAACUCCGUCUUAAAGGAAACUCGCAACCUCUCGGUCACUUCGUUGGUAAAGUCCACAUACGGAAGGCUUGCUGGGCUAUUCGUUCUCCGGGGACAAACAGCAGAGGCGCAAGUUGGAUCUGGACAAGAAUUUUGUCAGGCAUUGGUAAAGGCUAUUGAAAGGAACAUAAGAGAGUCAAAGUGCUUCACCGUCACCUUGUACGAUAGGCACCAGUCGGAGUACACGGUUGCUGAGACGACACCGACUGGGAACUUCUCGUUAGGUAGCUAUAGAGUCUCGCUGAAGGAUCACACAUGUGAUUGUGGAUACUUUCAGGCACUCCAUUAUCCAUGUUGUCACGCGAUUGCUUGUUGCGCCCACUCUCGACUUAAUUGGGCAGCAUAUGUGCAUGAGGUGUACCGUAUGAGUGAGGUGUUCAAAGUUUACAGUCAUGGGUUUGUUCCGCCCAUCCUAGAAGGCCUAUGGCCCCCAUAUGCCGGGCCAACUGUCAUCCCUGAUCCUAACAUGAGGUGA